AUCUACGCCGGGUGUCUUCUCGCUACGCACGUCGCACACGCACACACACAUCACCAUUGCCAUCCGGUGGCCGUUCUUUUCUCUCUAUUUUUCUUUAAAACAUUUUUCUUUUCUUUUAAAAACUUCUAAAAACCCUUUUAACUCGUGCGCGUGCACCUUGUCACCGGUAUAUUUUACUCGCCGACGAGACAAACUAUUUCCGCCGCCGCCGCCGCUGCUGCCGCUUUUAUUCGUCUACCGCAGAUCACGAACGAAACCGCUUAACAACAUGUCGUCUUGGCAAGAUUACGUCGACAAACACUUGCUGGCGUCCAGGUGCGUGACCAAAGCCGCCAUCGCCGGCCAUGACGGAAACGUGUGGGCCAAGUCUGAAGGAUUCGACGUAUCAAAAGAAGAAUUGAGUAAAAUUGCUCUGGGUUUUGACAAUCAAGAUACAUUGACAUCUUCUGGCAUUACUCUAGCUGGUGUUCGUUAUAUUUAUCUAUCGGGUACUGACAAAGUUAUCCGAGCUAAACAAGGAAAAGUUGGUGCUCAUUGUGUAAAAACACAACAAACUAUUGUUGUAUCAUUAUACGAGGAUCCGGUUCAACCACAACAAGCUGCAUUGGUUGUCGAAAAACUUGGAGAUCAUUUAGUUUCACAUGGUUAUUAAACAAUUGCAACGAAAAAUAUAACAUUGAAGCUCACCAAGAACAAGACUCCUUAAAAAUAUUUAUUGUAUCCCAUAUUAAAUUAUAGAUAUUUGAAUAUAUAUAUAUAUAUAUAAUU